AUUCUAAAAGCGCAUGCGUGGGGAGAGACGAUGAUCAUGAUUGUUUCCUGAAUGUUUUGAUGCCUUUUAUUCCUUGUUUCUAUGAUAUCGUUUUAAUGAAUUUUCACAAAUGGCCUGUCUCGCAAUCCUCAAACAAGAUAUACGAGUUCUUGAGUCAACAUUUCCGAGGUCUCAUCAUAGGUUUCAAGUCCUCUCGGCCACUGUGGAUGAAUUGACAUGUCGAUUCAUAGGCAGAAAUGAAGAGAAAUACGAUAUUCAAGCCAACAUUACGGAAACAUAUCCUCAGUCAGCACCCAUAUGGUUCAGUGAUAGUGAAGAUUCCAGUGUUGUUGAUGUUGUGGGAGAGCUGGCCAACACAAAGCAAGAACAGUUCAAUAUUUUGUACCAGACUAAGCUUUUAGUGGAGGGUUUAUGUAGAUCACACAACUUGGAAGUGCCUGCUGAAAUCUGUUCUCUUGAUGAUGCAUUAUCAGAAAAGGGAAUUUCUGUGAAAAUGAAUGUGGAUCCUGCUGAAACAGUUUCUGAUGAGGAAGAUGAAGAAGAUGAAUUUCAUUAUGACAUGGAGGAAGAUGGGCACAGUAAUGAACAAAAAGCCAAAGAAGAAAUAGAUGGAAUUGAUGUGGAAAAUCUUGCUGUGUUGGAGAGGUUAAAACAGAAUCAGCGCCAGUCUUACCUCAAGGGAUCAGUGGUGGGUUCUGUCCAAGCUACAGACAGACUGAUGAAAGAGCUGCGUGACAUCUACAAAUCUGACAGCUUCAAGAAAGAGAUCUACACAAUAGAACUAGUCAAUGACUGCCUCUAUGAGUGGAAUGUCAGAUUAAAAAAAGUUGACAAAGACAGUGCCCUCUACACAGACAUGCAAGUGUUUAAAGAGAAAGAGGGCAAAGACCACAUUCUCCUCAACUUCACUUUCAAAGAGUCGUUCCCCUUUGACCCUCCGUUUGUCCGCGUGAUCAACCCAGUGGUUUCGGGCGGCUAUGUCCUGGGAGGCGGGGCCAUCUGCAUGGAGCUGCUGACGAAGCAGGGCUGGAGCAGCGCCUACAGCAUCGAGUCCAUCAUCCUGCAGAUCUCUGCCACCCUCGUCAAAGGGAAGGCUCGCAUUCAGUUUGGGGCGACAAAAAAUCAGUACUCGUUAGCAAGAGCACAACAGUCUUUCAAAUCCCUUGUACAGAUUCACGAAAAGAAUGGAUGGUUCACGCCUCCAAAAGCAGAUGGCUGACUUGUGUUUUGAAGACUGUUGGUCUUCUUCCCUCCCCCUUCCCCCUCUCCGUUUCCAUCCCCUCCCCCUUCACACUUCUACGACCUGCCUCUUUUCCUUGUCAUUUCUCCAUUGUGAUCAUAGUGUGACAGGGGCCCUGUAUCAUAUAAAUAUGCCUGUGCUCUCGUCACUGGAUGCAUUUCUGUUAGACAGUGUUGAGGAAUUCAUUCAUCUCCAUCCGUCAUUCAUCUUCACACGCACACACACACACACACAUGGUGGUUUGAAUGUAGUGCAAGGCUGGGUUUUUUUUUUGUACAGAGCUAGUAAAGUCUUGUAUUUCUAUUAUCAUCAUUUAUCUUCAUCGUCAUUGCCACCAUUUUGUCAUUGUGCCCUUCAUAUUGAUGCGCAUGAACAGUAAGUAAAAUGACUUGUAUUUUGAUGCAAGAGUCUUGUUGCAUAUGAUGAUGCCAUCUUUUUAAGAAAAGUUUUUGUUCCUUAGUGAAUGGUUUGUCUUGCGACAUCUCAGAUUGGGACAUGAGUUUUAAAAAAGUUUGAGGACAAGGGUCUUGUUGUCAUUCGGACAACACUCACCAGGUAGGGGGGGAGGCCGGAGAGGGUGUUGUCGUAGAGAAAUGGCUGGACAGUUUUUGACCCUCAGUCUGACUACUCCAUUUAUUCCUUCCAUUGACUGAGAGGUUGAAAUGGUCAAGAAUCUAAAGUAGAAAACCUGCAAAGGAGAAAAUUUAUUUAGAAGUUUUCCGAGAGGAAAUACAAAUUCAUUUACAUUAUUUUGGUCAGGAUGUUCUUUUCUGAAAAGAGAGGGAUAAGGAAAAAAUGUUUUUAUGUCAAUGUUUUCGACUCCUUAUUUUAGCACAAAGCAUUUCAUCUUUCCUUGCUGAUAAGCUUUCUGCAUUAUAGACAAAUCCAGUGAAAACACUUUCUUUUUGUGCACAUUUGAAUAUUUUAUUACAUUAUGGGCCGAAGGGUUAACAUUUUUUUGGAUAGGAUAUUAUUGCGCCCUCACCAUGUUUCUCUGCUGAUUUCUUGGGUUGGAAUGCAGAAACUUUAGUCUCAUUUGGAGAUGUCGCCUAUCGUUUUAUUUUUUCUUCCUUGGUACCAUUUAUUGGAUCUAUUGGGCUAAAUGGUCACUUUGUUUUUUUUUUCUUCACUCUUUAUGCUGCACGUUUCUACCAUCAUUUUGGUGAUUUUUUGGAUAUUUAACUCUUAUACACAUUGUGAGUGAACUCCCAGUAUUGAACAUUGUCUUUGAUCAUCAGAAUUUGUUUCAAUACAAGCAUUACUUCAGGGGAAGUUGAUUUUUUUUAUUAGAAGGUAAUGUCCAUCUGUUACUCUCUUUUAUCAGAUUCAUCGGGAUUCUCCAUCCUGUUCCCUUACGAUUUUGGCUUUUUAAAAAUUUGACAGAAUUGUCCUACCGUACACCUUUAUUUUGCUUUAUUUCGUAGUUAAAUUUUUGCUCAGUUUGUAUAUCACUUUGAUCAAAUGCUUGGUUUAGUGACCGUAGAUUAUUUUUGUUUGCGACUACUGGGUACUGGGUAAUGUGUUGAUGUGUCUCCAUAGGGCUGUCCCACUUCAUGCGGUGUUAGAUCUUUGACAAGCAAAGCAUUCCGUCUAGAAAUCGGUCUGAUCUGGCACAUAUUGCUGAAAGUGUAAUUUCUAAAUGGUGCAAAUCAUUUAAAUUUCUGCAUGUAUAUCCACUUUUUGAUGGGGUUCAAGGCCCCCCCCCCCCAAAAAAAAAGUGCGUUAAACUUUUUUCUUUAGAGUGCAGUUCUGCAGCUAACGUUUCUGUAAUGUGCAUCUCAUUUUGGCGGAUUGAGAGAUGAUUGUGGCGAACAAUUGUUUUCGAUAAGCAGUUUAAGGCUCAGCUUUUGUUUUCAACUUUGUUUGACAGCAAGCAGAUUGAGCCUGAAAAUGUUUGACAAAGACUGUGUUAUGGUUGGCUCUUUGCCUGAAAAGUCUGGAACUCAGAAAAUCGAUUACAUCCUCGGCUUUUUAAAUGUCUCCUUUGGUAUAAUUUAUGCCUUGCUUUAUGGAAGAAAUGGCAGGAAAAUGUUUUUCAAUUCAGUUUGACAAGUAAGGGAAAUGUGCUAGAAUUUUGUAUACUUUUUCAGUUUGCAGUCUGUUCAUGUGGGACCAUUUCUGUUGUCUGGGUACCUUUUUGCAAUUUUGAUCUCUUUUUUUUUUGUUCUUCUUUUGUUCUGAAACAGUACCUCCCACCUUAAAUGUCCAUGCAUAGGCGUAAAUGCUAGAAGUGGAGCAUAAACUAAAUCUAGAGUUUUUGUUCUUUUCAUGUGUCCUUUGAUGUGUUUCAUUUUUUAUAUAUAAUGGUAAUUCUUGACUUGUGAGUAUAUACAGUGACCGAUUAUUUUGUCUUUUGUUACGAUCCAAACUUGUCUUGGAAGAUGAAAUGCAAUGUGUGUACAUUACAUCAUGUGUGGUGAAGUAAAAUAAUAAUUAACAAAUGCAAAAAAAAAAAAAGAGAAAA